GAGAGGAGUCGCGACUCUGUGUCCCACCGCAUACCAAAGAGAAAAGGAUAGUGCGCGUAUAAGUCCCUCUGUGUUGUUCUCGUGCUUCUGGAGUAACAAGUGAGCGGCGAAACGGCGUUGCCAUGACGACAGAGACUCACACUGUGGCGAUGACAGACCCACAGUUAGCAAACAACAACAACAAUAACAACACCAGUAACAACAACAACAACAACAACAAUAACAACAAUAACAAUAACGAUGGCGAGCCGAAAUACUUGCACAAGAAGUUCAAGAAGAUGGCGACGACCGAGGUUACGCCGCAAGUGGAGCCCAAGGAGGACGCCGUGGUCAGCAACGGUUCUCCAGAGACAACUAAAAGGAAGGAGUCGGCCAAGGACUCCAGAGAGUCGCCGAAAGAUCCGAUCAAGAUCGAGAUCUCUGCGGAACCCGCGGACGGAGAACCGACCGAAUCGAGGAAAAACGGCUACGUGUGUCCUUAUUGCAGGCUGUCGUGCGCGAAACCGAGCGUCCUGCAAAAACACAUCCGAGCUCACACCAACGAGAGGCCGUAUCCUUGCGUUCCUUGCGGAUUCGCGUUCAAGACCAAGUCGAAUCUCUACAAACACUGCAGAUCCCGUGCUCACGCCCUUAAGAUGGAGGGUGGCGAUGCCAGCAAGGUAUCGGAGGACUCGGACAUAAGCUUGUCCGACAGUGCGAGCAACGGAACCGGCACACCACCACCCCCUCCGUCAUCGACGCCCACGACGACUUCAGUUAGUGUAAAAACGAUUAAAACGGGGAAAAUCUACAAGCCAAAAUUUCACACGGCCCUCCAGUGUGUCAACAACGAUAUCGAAACGUCUUCCCUUUCCUCCAUUUCUUCCACGAACAGUUCUUCCUCGACAGCCGCUACCGCCAUGCCGAAACCAAACCCAGAGCAAGUACAGGAACAUAUUGAUAAAAUUAUUACGGACAACCAAGCGAUCGUCGAUGCGGUAGAUCCGCGACUGCACAAACUGAUUCAAAGACAGCAAAGCCUUGUGGAAACGAAACAAUCUAGCGAUCAGCCGUUGAAUCUCUCAUCCGCGGAAGAAGCUUCGAGAAAACGAUGUUACAGUGAGAGCUUUGUGCAAGAAAGUAAAGAUUAUCCGAACGGUUCGGAAAGUUCGAUAAUCAAGGAUCUCCUGUUGAAAAAUCAAAACUCGAGUCAAGAGGGAACGACGGAAUACGAGAGCUAUUUCUGCCCUUCCUGCAAUAUCCCUUACUCGAGUAUCGAUAAUCUCGAUGUUCAUCGUAAGUACUACUGCAAAGGCAGCGUGAGUCCUCGAAGAGAUUAUCAGUUGGAAACGGAGAAAAGAGAGUCGGAUUUUGAUUCCAAGUCUUCCGAAUAUUACAACACCUUGCAACCCCUUCCCUCUCCCGGGCCUCUGUUGGGCAAUACGAGGCUCGUCGACGCGUACGCUCCACCCAUGAAGAAACAGAGAUCGGACCCUGUACCAACCACGUUACGAUCUCUCGAGGAGCUAAGCAAGUAUCCACGACCAAACUCGUUGCAAAUGUUCGGCGGGGAAGUCAGGAUAUUGGACAAUACCGGUGAAACGAAGACGAUGAGAAUCGAGCCGCGACAAACCAACUCUCCUACGAGCGAGCAGAUCGUCAGCAGCAAGUGCGUCACUUCGGAGACCGCUUCGAUCGUGGUUAGAUCGGGUCUUCACUCGGGAGGCACGAUGGUACACAAACCACCGCGUACGGCGGUCAGCACGCCUAGUUCCUCCAUAUCUUUGCCCAACACUCCGAAAAUGUUGGCGCCGAUCAUACCGAACAUAUCAACCUCGAAUAUAGCACCGAACAUGUCGUGCUACAGUUAUCUAGAGCCAAACUUAAAUCCUCUGACCAGUAUCACUGCCUAUAACCCGCUGACUUUGCCUCAACCGGGAAUCACGAAUAUCCUUCACGGUGGUAAAGUUAUACCUUAUGUUCCUGGUAUGCCUGGACCACACACCCUGACGCCAGCCAUAGACAUAUCCACGAGUUUAGCCACCGAUGAAGCCGGAUACAAGGUGAUACCAGGAUUGCCUGGCCUCCACAUAGUCCCUCAACCCUUAGAUCUCGCCAGUCCGGUGAAAAUACAAACGCCAAGUACAAAUACCAACGCCACCAAGAUACAAACGCCAAUAGCUGGAAUUCCAGAGCCGAUGUCCAAUGGACACGUCUCGAUGAUAGGCCAGCCAUUGGAUCUCGCCAGCCCGGCAAAGGACCCCAAGCUCGGCUUCAAAACUCCUGGCAACGACGUUUUGAAGAUCGGAUUAACGAGCCCAAAAGUUCCUAGCGUUAACGAGACCUCGACGAGACUUCGCCUCAAGUUCUUGAGGCCGACUUCGUUGCCAUUAAAGCCAGGCACGUUCACGCCCAAGAAGCAUCAUGGUAUCACCCCUACGGCAAACACGCUUCCGCUCAUAAGCCCAGAAACCCCUCGGCCGAAGAAAUCCUACGGGCAGCUUUAUUUGAACGGUCACGCGUAUACAUAUCUUGGCCUGAAAUGUUCGACCAGAGUAUUUUACUGCACUCUGAAUAGACCACAGCCGAUGUAUGUGACACAACAACACGGCUUAUCUAUGUACUCGAAUUGGAAGAUAUGCAAAGAAGUACCAUCUGACGUUGAUAUGGCGCAUUAUGAUUCGAGGCACAGACCGCUUAAUUAUACGACCGCCUGGAAAAAACAGGAGGACAUUUUGACGCAUUCCUCGGAAAGACCGACCACCCCAACUAGUUCCGAUAGCGGUUUGGAUAGCGAUAUGCAAGAAAAAGCGAAAAGGGUUAAGAUAUUCGACGGGGGAUUUGAAAGCAACGAGGACUAUACAUAUGUCAGGGGUAGAGGUCGAGGCCGAUACGUUUGCGAGGAAUGCGGCAUUCGUUGUAAAAAGCCAUCCAUGUUAAAGAAACAUAUCAGAACGCACACGGACGUAAGGCCGUACACGUGUAAACAUUGCGCUUUUAGCUUUAAAACCAAAGGCAACCUGACGAAACAUAUGAAGUCGAAAGCUCAUUACAAGAAGUGCGUCGAGCUCGGCGUUGUUCCGGUACCUACGACGGUCUGUGAUGAAAAUAUCGAUAAAGAAGCUAUCGCCCGGUUGGCUGCAGGUGGAAAUACCGAGGAAUCCUCGGAAGAGGAGGAAGAAAGCGAUGGAGAGGAGAGUGAAGAAUCCGGAAGCGAGGAGCAAGAAGCUGCACAGAGUUUGCUAAGUCUAUCGCAACGUAAUACAAACAGAUUUCCAGGGCUUCUACCGUCUGGAAGACCGACAACUUACCCUUACACUCUAACUUUCCCAACGACCUCCAGGUCCGCGAACGUAUCAUCUACCGCGAUAAGCAACAACGUCUGCUUGAGCAGCCAAACUGUCACCACGCAAGAAACUACUCUCGUUCGAAACGAAUUGUCCCAUCGAUACUAUUUUCCCUCGAGCCGAACCGCUCCGGAAGAAUCGAGGACGACCGUGAUUCAAUCAUCGAAAAAAGAAAGUUCCGACAUCGAGGUGAACGGAGUCGAUACCGACUCGCGAAAUACUUUGGCACAGCCUAUGGAUCUCACGACGAAACCAGCCCUUCAACCGUUGCCCUCUUCCAUACCGCAAAGAGCCAAGCCAGCAGAUAUUUUAACUCCCGUUUCGGAACCGGUACUGUUACAAACGAUCGUUCAAACGAUGGAAAGACUACCGAUACAAGGAAGAGAGUGGAAACCGGAUGCCGAGGGGCAUAUGUUACAAGCAUAUCUCACUGAACGACACGUAAUGGAUAGUAAAAUUAAACAACAAUACCGAGUAGGAAACACGAAGAUGGAAAAGCAACCGAGAGAGAGGGACAUUUACCCGGAACAAUCAUCUCCGAAAUCAAGAAACGCUGAAUUAGAGACUAGUCCAGUAACGACUUAUAACGAUCCUAGCAAGAUGCAAAUGACUAUGAUAGAUUCCAGGAUUAAGCACGUAUCGAAGCAUACCACUGAAGAUAUCAAGAUGGAAAUCAGAGAGAAAAUUUAUCAGAACAAUAUCGUCAUAGAUCGACGGUCGUUCGAUAUCGAAUCGAUUCACAGAGAAAAAGAAAUAGCAGAGAGUAUGAAACAUACGGUUGCGCGGAAAAUGGUUGUCGGUGGACCCGGUUUUAGAUCGCCCUCGCCUAACGCUGCAACCACUAAACCACAAGCCGAGUUCUUGCAGCCCUCCAAUGGACCUGCACCUAAUUAUGUCAGUUACAGUGUGACUGAAGAUGGGAGAAGCGUCUGUGGAAUUUGUAACAAGGUGUUCAGCAAACCUAGUCAGUUACGGUUGCAUAUCAACAUUCAUUACUUCGAGAGACCAUUUAGAUGCGAAAGUUGCGCGGUUUCUUUUCGAACCAAGGGUCAUUUGACAAAGCACGAAAGAUCUGUUUCUCAUCACAAUAAGGUUAGUAUGACUUCCACGUUCGGAGCAGCGACCACCAGCAAUCCAAGGCCAUUUAAAUGUACAGACUGCAAAAUAGCAUUCAGAAUACAUGGUCACUUGGCGAAGCAUUUGCGUAGCAAAAUGCACAUUAUGAAAUUAGAAUGUUUAGGAAAAUUGCCCUUUGGAACGUACGCUGAGAUGGAAAGAUCUGGUGUCAAUUUGAAUGAUAUUGAUACUACCGACUGUGAUAAUAGUCUUUCUAGUCUUCAGAUGCUGGCUCAAAGACUUUGUGAAAAAGAUCCUACAAAAAUAGGUCAAUGGGAGCCUGAAACAAUUCCAAGUCAAGUGAUCAGCGGUGGUGAGACUUCGUCCGAUGAGGGUGAGCCUAUUCUACAGCAUGCGUGAAAGUGACAACCGCGAAUAUGUAUCGAUCCAUGUAUCAUGUGCCAAUUGCAAACGAAUAUCCAAAGUCCGGUGUCCACCUUGGGAAUUCUUAGUUUAAUCGACAGAAGCACGAGGACGGCGCGGAAGAAAGCCAGAAUUAACCUACGUUUUCCAUAGAGGAUACAAAGCCGGACGAAGAUAUACAAUCAUAUAAGUGCCAAGUUUGCACAGUGUUUACUAUGAACGAAUUAUAAGAAUGAGUUACAUUGCUUUGUUGAACAUAAUAUCAAAUCAGAUUCUAGUACAAAUACCCAAGGGGAUGGGGGCUUGAACAUACCCAAGUGUAGAGAGAAAGAGAAUACUCAGAUAUGAAUUACAGAUGAACUCGUAGUCAAGACAGAUCACAAUCACAAUAGACAAACAAUCGAAGACACGUAUGUAGUGCCAAAAUAAUGCAGCGAACUAUAGACAAUCUGCGGUGAAAUUUCAAAGAAUUCGUUGCCGUAACAGACAAAAUAUAGCUGUAAUAACAAAAUACCAUCACCUUUCGAAGGAAAUUUUUCAAGAGAGAUUUUCAUUAACCAAGUUAAUAGCGUUUGUUAUUGUGAUGAAACAUUGCAGCAAUUUUCUUCCAAGAUGCCAAAAAAGUGAUUUAAUUACAUUAAAAACAAAUUCUACAAUAUGGUAAUGUACAACAAAAAAUUAUCGAAAAAAAUUACUAUUAUAAUGAAACUCUGAUUUAUUUAAUGUGUAUUUAUUUAAUGUGUCGAAGUAUACAGAGUACAAACAGAAUAGUACUAUAGUACAAAGAUAAAAGAGGGAAUUAUAUGUGAAGAGAUAAAUAAAAAACAUGCUAUGAAAUUUCUAAUCCGAGACUUCGUUUUCAGAAAAAUUUAUUUUGUGAAUUCAUCGGACAUAGAUUGAGGUUAGUUACUGUCCUAUUCCGUUACUAAUUGUUUUAUACGACAUAAUUUUCUCGGUUAUUUAGAUUUCAAUCAGAGAUUUCCGAUCACCGAAGAUACACGAUGAUGUAGUUUGGUAAUAUAACGAAUCUUUUUACAAAUCCGGGUUCUUCUUUUUGCUUUUCUACCAAUGUUGUCAGCCAUUCAAGCUCGUGAUUUUUGUACGUGCCCACGUAUAGCAAACAGAAGCUGUAGAAGGAUUAAUUAUUUGUGUAUUCAAGCAAUUUCUAAAAUCAAUUGUAUCUCUUUUAUUUUUCGUAACAUAUUCCUUAUUCUUUCAGUUUCAGUUAUACUACUAUCUCACUCUGUAUAAUAGACGCACACCUUGCAAUAUAAAGCAGUUAAAUACACGUUAAAAAUUAAUUGACUUCGGAAAUUGAAAGCAAAAAUAUUGAAUACUUAACAAUACAAUUUUGUUAUUUUUGAUACUCUAAUAAACAAAAUUUGCUGUGUAGCUAAUCACAUCAUCAAAAGAGUGAUUUUUUUAUGUUUUGAACAUUUUUAUCGAUACUACUUCCUAAAAUAACAAUAUGUGUAUUUUUAAUUAUCUGUUCAAUAAGAAAAUCUUUUCUAAUUGAAUAUUAUAUACUUUCCUCAUUAGAGUUUGCUUUUUGUAUCAUUUGUCGUAAUAAGUAAAAAGAUUAGAAUAAAUGAUAUCUGCUGUUCGGUGGACAAGAAAUUUUCUGUACAUUUGUAUGAAGUAUGUGUGUAGAACUAUACACUUUUUCUUUAUAGAUUUAAAUUAAAAUGUAGUAUUUCCAUUUUAAACAGGUAGCAUUAUUCAUUUUAUUUUGCUUCAGUCUUUUAAAAAUAAUUUUUUAAGCGUACACAAAUAACCAAGUCAUCUGUAUUUAACAUAGUCAUACGUGUAUGUACAUAAUAUAACAUUAAAUAUAUUGUACAGAUUUAUAAUCAAAUAUGUCAUACAAAAUGUACUAAAAAGUUAUUGAAAGUAUAAUGGUUUAUCUAAAUGCCAUUCCCAAAAAUGAAGGAAACAUUAAAUUGAUUUGAUAUCGUACUAUGAUAUUACUAUAUUUUUUAUUGAUAUAUACUGGCAUAUUGAUAGUUACAAACUUCUACAUGUAAUAUUUCAUGUCAGAAAACUAAAUUUAGAUAAAGUAUUGUAUAUAUAUAAUUUAAAUUUAUAUUGAAAUAAGUGCACUUAUUAUAAAACAAAUAAAAAAUUCCCAAUGGGUGACGAGUACAAGUAAAACAAUAAUGUGCCAAAUAUUUAUAUAGAAACUUAUAAUAUUAUAAUUUCAAUAUAUCAUUUAAUUCUAUGAUUAGAAAAAUCUCUUCUCAGAUGGCAUAACAGAUAAACCAUUAAAAUUCUGUUUUAAAAUUUUGGUACAUACAUGAAGAUACAAUCACAGAGUAAAGCGGAUAUUCUAACUCAUUGAUAAUAAGAAAUGCAAACCUAUGUUUAGUGAGCGUUGUUUGUAUUCUUAUAAUGGUUCACAUAACAGCUUUUUCAUUGUCACUCACAUUUUUAAAAAACUGAAGAACAUAUUUGGUAUUAUUUACAAUAUUUAUAUAACAACAUGAAUAUUAUAUAUUAUGAUUACAUUUAAAAUCAGAUCAGAAUAAUACAAUACAGAUGAAAGAAGAAUUAACUUCUUGAUUUUUUGAUUAAACAUUUCUUAUUCAAAACGUUUAUUUAAGUUUUUACGAACAUAUUUUAACCUCUAUAAACUUUUCUUCUAAAAUAGUUUUAAAUAUGGGGAGAAGCUAUUUUCAUUAUUUGUUACGAAGUUUAUAGAAUGAAAAAUAGUUAAGCCGGAUUAUUUAAACCUUAACAUUAACAAUUUUGAAAUUUGCUAAAUGUGUAUCUCAUAGUAUGAGAUCUCUUAACACUGUUUCCUUUUAUUGAUUCAAACAUUGAUAUAAAUUCAUUAUUUUAUGAAGCCUUGUUUGUCUAUUUGUCUUCUUUCUUUGAGCUUUAUAUUCACUUAUCAAUUGAAUAAUUUAGUAUAUUAUUUUAGCAUAUUCCUAUAUAACUGUGUUAGAUACGUAUAAAACAAAUGACAUGCAUCUAUAUAGAAACAAAAAUUUAUUCAUUUUUAUUUACAUAUUAUAUUUAUUCUUUCAGUUUAUGUUCUAAGAUUAUUUAUGUACGUACGAAAUAUUUCUGAUUUAUUUUAUGUGUACAAAACUCCUGCUUUCAUUUUGCUUUUUAAUACUAACGUAUCCUAAAAACAUGACAUAUUUCUAAACAAUAAUAUGAUACAACUCUGAUUGUACACUACAACCUCUGAGACAAACAUCAAUUUAUAGUUCUUUUCCUCGUAUAUUUUUUACAGAAUUCUUAAUGUGACAUAAUUUACAAUAUAAUAUAUAUUUCACUCUUUAUUAUGUGUUUAAUAAGUGUUUGAAAGUAAAUGUUAACUAUAAUAAGAAACUCAAAUAAAUAGAAUAUCAUCAUAUAUAGUGCUCAUUUUGUAUACUUAUAUGGAUCACAUAACACCACUAAUAAUAAGAGCUCAGACUGAAAAACUCCUAUUUAUUUUAAAGUAGAAAAUUAUAAUUUACAUCAUUCGUAAAAAUGGUAGUAAUUUAUUACUAAAAAGUUAUCCUUCUUAAUUAUUAUACCUUAAAACCAAAACAUAAGUUAGAAAUUCUGGUUUAAAUCUCUAUAAAGUUUCCUUCGACUAGUGAUGGUGAGUAAACCUGUAAAGGUAUAGUUCUUAUCUAGUAAAAGAUAUAAUAUUUAUAUACAGUAGUAUUGUGUCAGCAUGAGGUGCAAUGGACUGGUAUGUGAUUCUGUAUGUAAAGUGCAACUGUUGCGUUCAACAUUGAAGAGUAUUCUAAUAUUAAAAAUUAAUAUUAUAUCUAAUUAUUGAUAGAUGAAUCAUAUAUAUGAUUAUAUAUAUGAUAUUAGUAUGAUCAAUUAUGAGAAUUAUUGUUGAUAUAAGAGAAGAUGUGUUUGUAUAUAUUUAUGUAUAAUAUAAUGAAAUCCUAUUAUAGUCUUCACUGUAUGUAAUUGUAAGAAAUUUAUAAUUGGGAACAGAAUCGGUUAUUCGGAUUACCCACAAAUUAUAAUUUUAGCGAUCUUCAUUUAUAGAUAUCUUUUAUUCCUCUAUUAUUUCUGAAAUUUAUAAAUAUUCUGCACCUUUAAAACAGAGUUAGGUAAAACAUUUUAACUUUUCUCAUAAAUACAUAUUUAUCAUCAUAAUUAUGUUCCAAGCUUUUAUUUGAAAUCAUUUUUUAUUACCAUUAAUUAUUUGUAACAAAAAUAUAUUUAUUGAUUUUAUUAAAUUUUCAUAGUUGCAGACAUAUAUUCAAAUUCUUGUUAAAUAUUCAUAUAAUGCUAAGUAAAUAAUAUACAUGUAUCAGUAUAAACAAAAAUUAAAUUUUUUCACCUUAUAAUAACAUCGUAAGAACUAAAGUUUAAAAUGAUAAAUUGGAUAGUACAAUAAAAUACUUAAAAUAAAAAAUAAAAGAUUAAUUUGAACUUUAAAGGAAAUUAUACACAGGCAUACACUUAACUAAAGAUAUUUGAAUUGUCAAUUCAAUAAAUUUAAAAAUAAAGACUAUAUAUAUGAAUGUUGAAAUUAUAACAAUUAUUGAUAUGGUAAUGAUUUGUGUAAUUUCUAACUCUGUUUAAUAGCUAGUAAAAUUAAUAUGCAUAUUUUAAUAAGUUUGAUUUAAUUUAAUGAAAUGUUGCAGGCUAGAUCAUCAUUAUUGAACUCUGGGUAACCGAUUUUCUGAUUUUGCUUAAGGUAUUUAAAAAGUAACAUACCUUCCACAAGCGAUAGCUAUUCUAUCUUAUAACUAUUAACAUAAUAUGCAGAGCCCAGUUUUAUUAACAUGUCACUCAAGCACUACUUGUCUUUCCUACUGCAUAAUCAGAUAUCGAUUAUCACAAUUUGUACCUAUGUGUGCUUGAGACAAUAGGAGACGAAUGACCGCACAAUCAUGUACAUGAGGUCCAUUUGAAAUGUCGCCAAACAAUAUCAAUGUAGCAUAGAUCAAUAUAGCAUUUGGUGUAUAUCCAUUCUAAUGAAUACCAACUAAAUCAUGUAUGAAUUUCUAAAGCGUGCAUGUAUGUAUGUCCACAAUGCCAAGCCAACGAUGUUUAUAUUUUGGAAGAAAUAAUAUGAUAAACAAAAAAUAACUUUUGCAUUGAAAAUAAUAUUUGAUAAAAAAAUAUUAGAAGGAAGAUUUCAUGGAGAAAACAUAUUUUGGAAUGCAGCUGAAGCCAAAUUUCAUACAAUGUAAUAUUUAUCUCUAAACUAUCUCACAUGUGAUUACUAAGAUAGUUCUUUCAAAAUAUUAUUGUCAAUAUAUUUUCGAAAUAAUUGUUUUUUGUAAAAAUAUGAAGUAUUUUAAACAACAAAAAGUCCUUUACAUAUCAAAUCCAUUAAUUUAGACCUAGGGAAUCAUAAAUAUCUAUACUUUUCAUCAUUUAUGCUGCACUAAAUGAAAAAAUUUGAUGUAAGAUAAGUAUUCUAUUCGGAAAGAACAUUAUAAAUAUGUUAAACAACAUAUUUUUUCUAGUGUUAUUUGAAAAUAUUUUUAGAUGAUUUAUAUAUAUAUUUAUGUAAAUCUAUUUUUUGUUAAUAUGCAAACAAAAAAUUUUUAUGAAUUUUAUAUGUGAGAAAUCCAAGUUUGCUAACGUGUUUAAUUAAAUACCUAUUACGUGAAAAAAUUGAUGUAAACGUUACUUUAAAACAAUGUAGGAUAUGAAGUAUAGCAUACAACAAACAGAGAAUUUUAAAGUACUUAGUACAUGCAAUAUUCUUUAACAUGCACAAGGCAUUUAUCACUUAUAACUAGUAUAUCGUUAAGGUUAUUAUAUCAGAAUAUUACAACAGAAAUUAACUGAUUUGUUUCAACAUGCACACAAGCUAUCAUAUUAUUGUCUUAAAACUAUGUUUCUCGAAAUAUAAUAUAUAUUCCAGGUGAAAGGAUCAGAGUAAUAUAUUGCUUUAUAUUAAUGCAAUUACUUAUAAAUUCCGAAGGGAAUGAAAUUUCAAGAAAACGUUUUGGAGGAAGGUCCUAAUAUCUCCUAAUAAUGAAUAAGUUCUAAAAAUCUUCCAAUUUUUGUAUCAUUAACAAGCAAGUAACGUUACUGUUACAUAAAAAGCUUACUAUAAAUGCUAAAACUUUCAUAAUAAUUGUAGUUUCCCCUUUCUUUAAAAAUAAUAAUUGUAAAAUUUACUAAUCUAUACACUGAAGAAUAAGUCGAUUCUGCGUAAUAUUCUGCUUAAUAACACUAUUUAGUUUAGUAAAACCCUAGAAAGAAGUGUUAUAAGUGAUAACAUACUUUGGUCUGUAUAUUGUUACUAUAUGUAUAACUCCUGUAAGAAGUUGGCUUGGCUCCUUCCAAACUCAGUAUUAAAAAAUGAUGAUAUUGAAAAAUGAAGAACAAGCAGGAUCAAACCUACAAUUUGUGGAUUAUUUUUGACCAAAUUGUGUUUUACAAGGAAAUUCUUCCAAAAUUUAUUAUCUAUCACUUUAUUUAAAGAAUUUCUGACACAAUCUAUGUCUUUUUACAAAUGAUUGAAAUUUUAUAAUGGGUGUUGACAGUUGCAAACACUUGCAAACAGUUGGCAAACUAAUAUUUUAUAAACAUUUUUUUCCAGUACAUAAUCUAGCUAAAUUGUACUCAUGUGAAAACAUUCAUCUUACACUCUUGUAAUUAGUUCCUACAAUUAUAAUAUACUUAAAGCGUAAACAAUUUAUUAGAGAAAAUAAAUUUUAAUCAAAGUUGAUCAAGCUUCUGUUGAUGAAUAUCAUAAUGCAAUGGGACCGCAUUAAGAUUUUAUAAGAUAUACAUAUAUGUACAAACAUGUAAUAUCAGCUUUUAUGAAAUGUAAGAAUGCCAACAUUUUGCUAGUGUCGCCGUCAGUUUUCUUCCUGAUUCUGUGACUCUGUUGACCUACUGAUAAAAAAAUGUAAUUUAUUUAUUGUAAAUAAAAACAUAUAUUGCAUAAAA